AUGACAACAAUUGAGUGCAAGAGGAAAACAGUUUCCUUCAACGUUCCCGAUCCAUAUCCCGGCGGCGCAUCAAAAAAGUUGAUAACCGAGCAGGAGCAGGUCCGGGAGCUUCCUAAACCCAUCCUUCCUGAUUUGUUCGACGACGGGUUCGACUGGGAUAGUCAUAAAAAGUACCGUAUUUACUACGAGUACUGGAAACCUUCCUAUAAAUUUUCCUUGAACAUUAAGGCACGCCAAAUCGAUUUGAAGCGCUUACAACUGAAAUUUCAAAAAGAGGAAAAGAUAUUUAAAGAGGAGAAACAGAAAUGGGUCGACGAGUACUGGAAGAAUCAGUCUGGCCGCAGCCAGGAUGAGUUGAAAAAGAACUUGUUUGCAGAGAAAUCUAAAUGGGAAGCACAAUACGAGAAGGAUCACUUUGAGCCCUUCUAUGAAGUGAGAUGCGAUAUUGUUAAUGGAGGAGGAUAUUCAAAACCGAUUACAAAAGAGGGACUGGCUGGCUUCUGGGUUACUGCGCUCCAGGCAAAUCAGGUUGCUGCUAGGAAGGUGUCAGACCGUGAUGUCCCGGCUCUCUGUCAUCUCAGUGAUAUUAGGUGUCACAGGAUACCAGAUCCGAGAGGAUUCAAGCUUGAAUUUGUCUUUCGUGAUACUCCUUUCUUUAAAAAUGUAGUCCUUUAAACUUUUGAGGUGACUAGUGAUAACACCUUUGUGGUGCUGAAAUCAAAUGGGACGGAUAUUGAAUGGCAUGACGAUCAAUGCCUGACAGAAAAACUUCUUGAUGUAAGCAUGCACAAAUCUGAGUCUGUCAGAGCUAUAGAGAAGUGCCAAAGCUUCUUCAACUUCUUCGAAACAGUAACUUAUAAAGGGGUUUUUACCUUUGACGAAGAAGCUGAUGAACUCAAAGUCCCACUCAAAGGAGGGCCGCUACCAAUGGAUUAUAUGAUUGGCAUUGCUAUUCGAAAGCAAAUCAUUCCUCAUGCAUUGUCGUGGUACAUGGCUGAACGAGAGCUGCUUGAACGAGAGUUGUAUAUGUGA